AUGCCUCCGAGUCCUCUUGAACCAACACACCCACACCUACCUCUGCCAGAGAAAAUGUCUCCGCCGGACUGCAGCCGCCUGUCCCCAGGGGUCGAUGACCCGUCCCCUGAUGUAUCAGAUUCGCCGAAGUCUUCCCCGAUCGACAGAGACCUUCCCGGAGACGGAGUCUCCGACGGCGACAAACAGAAAGACGACAAAUCGAGCAACCCGAACAGCAGCGAAGAUGACAGGAAAAACAGGCGGAAAAAGAAAACACGGACUGUAUUUUCUCGCAGCCAGGUGUAUCAGUUGGAAUCGACUUUCGAUGUCAAACGGUAUCUGUCCAGUUCGGAGCGAGCCGGACUGGCCGCCUCUUUGAGACUAACAGAAACUCAGGUGAAAAUCUGGUUCCAAAACCGUCGGAACAAGUGGAAACGUCAACUCGCAGCUGAACUGGAGGCAGCUAAUAUGGCGCACGCAGCCCAUCGAAUGGUUCGUGUGCCGGUGCUCUAUCAUGACGGCGGGGCGGUGAAUGUGUCGUCGGGACCUGAUUCUUCAAACUCCUACAGCAGCUCUCUAGCAUCAUUAAGAGACCCUCGUUGCCUCACGCACGGAUACACGCCUAUCUCACCGUCUCUUAGGCAAUCUUUAUCAGGGAUGGUAUAA